ACCAGCCCUGAAGUUCACAACAGCAGUAACAGCAACUGGAGAAGCAGGCUCCCAGAAGCCCAGCCUUUCAAAUAGAUCUGCCUGAGAGGACCUCCUUGAGUGGCCACUGACCAGUCCUUGCCCCAGGAUGGGGACCACGUCCAGAGCAGCCUUGGUCUUGGCCUGUUUAGCUGUUGCUUCUGUAGCCUCUAAAGGAGGCAUCAAGGCUUCAGGGCAGAGGGAGCUGGGGCCAGUGCACCUCACCUACCCCCUUCAAGAAGUUGGCUAUGCUGCACCCCCUUCCCCACCUCUGACCAGAGCUCUCCCCAUGGAUCACCCUGACACCUCUCAGCAUAGCCCUGACUUUGAAGGACAGAGUGAAGUACAGCCAUCUCCAUCUCAGAAAGCCAACCCUGUCCAAGAGGAGCUGCCCCCUCCCCAACUCCCUGUGGAAAAGAAAGGGGAUCCGCCUCUCCCUCAAGAGGCCGUCCCCCUCCAAGAAGAGCUAUCCCCUCCCCAGGUCCUUAUUGAACAGAAGGAAGAAAAGCUGGCUCCCUUCAUGGACCACAGCUCCCCAGAGCCCAAGUCUUGGAAUCCAGCCCAGCACUGCCAACAGGGCCGACACCAAGGUGGCUGGGGCCACCGGCUGGAUGGCUUCCCCCCUGGGCGGCCUUCUCCGGACAAUCUGGACCAGAUCUGCCUUCCUAAUCGUCAGCAUGUGAUGUACGGCCCUUGGAACCUGCCACAGACUGGCUUUUCCCACCUUGUUCGUCAGGGUGAGACCCUCAAUUUGCUGGAAACUGGAUUUUCCCGCUGCUGCCGCUGUCACAGCUACACAAACCGCUUGGACUGUGCAAAAGUCAUGUGGGAGGACACAAUGACCCGGUUCUGUGAGGCUGAGUUUUCUGUCAAGACCCGAGCCUAUUGGUGCUGCAAACGUCAGGGGGAGGCUCGAUUCUCCUGCUUCCAAGACGAAGCUCCCCGGCCACACUACCAGCUCCAGGCCUGCCCCAGCCACCAGCCUGGUAUUUCCUCGGGUCCUGAGAUGCCUUUUCCCCCUGGGCUACCCACACUGGACAAUAUCAAGAACAUCUGCCACCUAAGACGCUUCCGCUCUGUGCCACGCAACCUCCCAGCUACUGACCCCAUCCAAAGGCAGCUGCAGGCUCUGACCCAGCUGGAGGGGGAGUUCCAGCACUGCUGCCGGCAGGGGAACAGCCACACCUGUGCAUGGAAGGCCUGGAAGGAUACCCUUGAUGGCUACUGUGAUCAGGAAAAGGCUACAAAUACCCACCACUACUCGUGUUGCCACUACCCUCCUAGCCCUGCCCGAGAUGAGUGCUUUGCCCGGCAGGCUCCCUAUCCCAACUAUGACCGGGACAUCUUGACUGUGGACCUCAGCCGAAUCACCGCCAACUUCAUGCGUCAUCUCUGUGGAAAUCAAAGAGUUCUCACCAAGCAUAAGCAGAUUUCUGGGCUGAUCCAGAAUGUGACUGCCCGCUGCUGUGACCUGCCAUUUCCAGAGCAGUCCUGCUGUGCUGAGGAGGAGGAGCUUCCCGGAUAUGCUUUCGUACUGCAUUUGCAAAGCGCCCCGCCAAGUCUGGAGAGGGAGUCCGAGACGAAUUGGACCACAGUCCCAGCCCCAAGGAGUUUACAGUCUACCGGGGAGGAGAGGAAGGAAACCAGGAAAGCAAUAACAAAAACUCUUAAAGCUCAAAGAAUCAAUACAGGGCUUCCCUGGUGGUACAGUGGUUAAGAAUCCGCCUGCCAAUGCAGGGGACACGGGUUCAAGCCCUGGCCCGGGAAGAUCCCACAUGCCGCGGAGCAACUAAGCCCGUGAGCCACAACUACGGAGCCUGCGCUCUAGAGCCUGCAAGCCACAACUACUGAGCCCGCAUGCCUACAGCCUGCGCUCCGCAACAAGAGAAGCCACCGCAAUGAGAAGCCCGCGCACCGCCAUGAAUAGUAGCCCCUGCUCGCCGCAACUAGAGAAAGCCCGCGACACAGCCAGAAAUAAAUUUUUUUUUUAAAAAAGGAUCAUUACAGAAGGGUUGGAAUGACCAUCGUGAGAACUGGGUAUGAAUGUUCAUCUGGGAAAAGUAAGAGUUGCCAAGUAGUGUUAAAGACCCAGCUGGGAUUAGAAACCGUGUAUGUGCUUUGGCAUCAGUCGGCAGAAUUAUGAAAUUUCCUCCAGCAGUGGUUAGCUGUCUGGGUGUGGGAAAGAAGUUGGGUAAUUAGAUUGAUCCAAAGAUGGGGGCUCUCAGGACAGGCUGCCUUCUGUUCUGGUCUCUGGUAAAGUAAGUAAAAGAUAGAUAUGGAAUUUUAUUUAAUUUAUUUAAUCUCUCAAUAGAUUAAACCUUGUAGAACUCAAAAGGCCUGCCCUUUCAUUCCAGACUGGAGAAU